UUGAAAACGCCCUCAGCGUCGGUCGUAUCCCGACCAUAGAGCGGUGACUGGGCUAAAUUAUCUUUGCCCGUACAUGUUAUAUAGCCCCGGGAUAUGAGUGUAGAAAUGUCUUUCUGCAACAGUUAACAAACCCAAAACCACUUCCUCGCUGUUGGUCCAAUCUCAAAGAAACCUCGUUUUGCAAUACUUUAUAUCUGAAGUAUAUUUCGGCAGAAAACAUUUCCUCCACCCUCUGUGCUGUGCCUGUUUUGCAAGAGGUACGCUGCGGUGACUUGGCUAAGUAUGAGGAAACUGUCGAGCAUCACGAUUCAGUUCUUUGAGGAUCGUAGUUAGAAGUAGGCGUACUCGGGAGUUGCUUCGGCACUCCCGUCCAAGCAUCAGCGCUUUAAUACCUCAAUAUGGAGAGUUUAAUAGCACGUUAUUGGAUAUUAUUGGCGUUAAUACUCCCUCCCUCAACUAUUUUUGCUGCGAAUAUCUGCACUUCUAGAGGUGUGAGCACUUGUAGAGAUUGUCUCGCCAUUCAUCCCAGCUGCGCUUGGUGUACUCAAGAGGACUUUGGGAAGAGUGGCUCCAGCAUAUCCCGCUGUGACCUGAAGGAGAACCUUGUGGGUGCUGGCUGCGGGGCGGAAUCGAUUGAGUUUCCCAUGAGCAGCGUGACGAUUCAGGAGAACCGCCCACUUAGUGACAAGGCAUCAGGGGCCGACCAGGAUGUCACUCAGAUUCAGCCCCAGAAACUUCAUCUCACUCUGCGACCCGAUGAUCCCAGAACAUUCACCGUUUCAGUCAGACAGGUAGCUGACUACCCAGUAGACCUCUACUACCUGAUGGAUCUCUCAUACUCGAUGAGGGAUGAUCUGAUUCGACUCCGAACCCUUGGCAAUGUGCUGGCAGCGGCCAUGGCCAAAACCACCAGUAACCUGCACAUGGGCUUUGGAGCUUUCGUAGAUAAGCCCCUCUCCCCUUACAUGUACAUCUAUCCAGACGAGGCCAUCGAGAACCCCUGCUAUGGGAUUGGGACGACGUGUUUGCGCCAGUUCGGCUACAAGCAUGUGUUGUCUCUGACAGAGGAGGUGGGGCGCUUCACGGAGGAGGUGGGCAAACAGGAGGUGUCUCGGAACAGAGACUCACCCGAGGGAGGCUUCGACGCCAUCAUGCAGGCUGCGGUCUGCAAGGACAAGGUAGGCUGGAGACCCGAUGCAUCUCAUCUGCUGGUGUUCACCACAGACGCUAAGACACACAUCGCUCUGGACGGCCGCAUCGCCGGGGUCAUCCAGCCCCAUGAUGGGUACUGUCACCUGGACGAUUUGAACAACUACUCCAAGUCCACUACUCUGGAUUAUCCUUCCCUGGCUCUUAUCAGCGAGAAGCUAUCUGAGAACAACAUCAACCUCAUCUUUGCAGUGACCAACUAUGUGGCACCUCUAUACAGAAACUACAGUGAACUCAUUCCUGGGACUACAGUGGGGACGCUGUCAAGUGACUCUGCAAACGUCAUUGAACUAAUCCUGGAUGCUUAUGCGAAAAUCCGCUCCAGAGUAGAGCUUGAGCUGUCUGGGUUUCCAGAUGAUCUGUUGUCGCUCUCCUACAACGCCACCUGUCUGAACGGACAGAACUUCCCCGGAGUCAAAUCCUGCUCUGGACUUAAGAUCGGAGAUACGGUAUCUUUCACUUUUGAGACUCGGCUGCGUGUCUGCCCCAAAGAAAAGAGCCGCACGUUCACCGUCAAACCGGUGGGCUUCAAGGACGCGCUGGAGAUAACCGUGGACUUCGCCUGUGACUGCGCCUGCGAGGGGGAUGCCAAGCCCUCCAGCCCGGCCUGUCACCAUGGCAACGGCACCUUUGAGUGCGGCGUGUGCCUGUGCAACGCAGGGCGCCUGGGCCCGCGCUGUGAGUGUUCGGAGGACGAGUACCAGCUCACGCAGAAGGACAGCUGCAACCCCGGGUCCGGCGCGCCCAUGUGCAGCGGCAAGGGCGAGUGUGUGUGCGGCCAGUGUAGCUGUAGGCCCAGCGACUUCGGCAAGGUGUGGGGCAAGUACUGCGAGUGCGACGACUACAGCUGCGUGCGCUUCAAAGGGGAGCUCUGCUCAGGUCACGGAGCGUGUUCAUGUGGCGCCUGUAAGUGUAACCCGGACUGGUCGGGGGAGUACUGCAACUGCUCCACGCGCACAGACACCUGCAAGUCCAGCAUGGGCCGGCUGUGCAGUGGCCGCGGCUCCUGUGUCUGCGGCAAAUGCGAGUGCACCCAGCCGGGGGCCUACGGGCCCACCUGUGACAAGUGCCCCACCUGCCCCGACACCUGCACCAUCAAGAAAGAGUGUGUGGAAUGUAAGCAGUACAAGAGAGGACCCAUGUUCGAGGAAAAGACCUGCAGUCAAAUCUGCAGAGAUGAGAUUGAAUUGGUCGACGAGAUUAUCUUCCGUGACACAAAUGCACAGAACUGCUCCUAUAAGGACCAGGAUGAUUGUGUCCAAAGGUUCCAGACCUAUGAAGAUGCUAGUGGCAAAUCCAUUUUGUUCCUCAUUAAAGAUGCAGAAUGUCCUAAAGGUCCUGAUGUCCUUGUGGUCCUGGGAUCGGUUACUGGGGCGAUACUGUUGCUAGGGCUUGCAGCUCUGUUGAUAUGGAAGCUGCUAAUCACCAUUCAUGAUCGGCGAGAAUUCUUAAAGUUUGAGGAAGAGAGAGCCAAAGCAAAAUGGGACACGGGUAAUAACCCCUUAUACAAAGGAGCAACCAGCACAUUCACUAAUAUUACUUACAGGGGUAAUUCCUAAUAAAAAAUGUCAGCUUUGACAGGACUACCAGAGGUAUCAUCAGUAACAAUAGUCAACCCCAACGUUCCCCUUGGGUUCAUGGUGGUAUAGUAAACAGCUGGUGAAAUGGCGGAUUUAAAAGAAUGGAGGUUUGAGGACCACUGCGAGGAUAUUUAAGUUUUAUUUUUAUGAUCAGGAACAAAGGCAAAAAUGCUCAAAACUUUUUCUCAAAAGCUGCCAUUGCACUGUAGGUGUUGGUAUCCUGAUGAAGACAUUGCAAGGUCCAAAGUGAACAGAACCACCAGUCCUGUUUACCAUUUCAAAACAUGCAUCUCAUCUUAACUCAGAUGCCCCCUGCUCAACACCUCAACCUGAUGAAUGAGAUGUUCAUCAUGGAAGUAACUUAUAUGAGGAUAGGAUCUUCUUUAUGUUGAUUAGUUAGGAAGAUGAGAAUUUUUGCUGCCAUUCUUUUUUUACUUUGAAUAAAACUUGACAUUGUAAUUACUGAUUACAAUCUUGGCUCAUAUGUACAGUAUAUAGAACCAUGCUCCACUUUUGAAUGGUUAAUGGAACUCUUAUUGCCAUGGAUACAGGGGAUCAUCUUGAUUCUAGUUUUAUCUUUCAUACUGUCCUGUUUCCAUGGAUACUGGAGCUGUAUUUAUAGUGCCUUUUCGGAAUCCGCUGCUCUAUUGGACUCAAGAACCAGCCUGUCCAUCUACAUUUUUUGUUGGUUUCUUCUUUUUAUAUCUCUGUUUUCCAACUUGAAACUAUUGUUGAUGUCAACAAAGAGUUUGUGUUGACUUAUUGUCUUUUCAUUUUCAAUUUUCACCAUUCACCUAUUACUACCAGAAUUUGGGCAUUUUUGGGCGUUUCUUUUCAGAUUUUUCCCCAUCCUGAGAUGUUUAUUUCAUAAUGGUUCUAUUUUUGACACGAGAAGCUUCUGAAUAAAAUAGUUUGAAAGGUA